AUGGCGACCGAAAAGGCGGAAGGCGUUUCCUUUGAGGAUGCCGCUCCGUUCACUGUGAACGAGAAGGGUUCUGACUCUGACAUGGUGCCGGAGAAAGGCGAGGAGCUUGGUUUCUGGACACGGCUGGGAUGUACGCCGGAAUCGUUCAAGAGGCGGCGUCUGGUGGGCGGGAACCAGCUGAAUCAGACCCUGAAGUCCCGACAUCUACAUAUGAUAGCAAUUGGCGGGAGUAUUGGUGCUGGUUUGUUCGUCGGCUCUGGGUCUGCGCUUGCAAAGGGCGGUCCGGCAUCGCUGGUCAUUGAUUUUGCGAUUAUUGGUAUAAUGAUGUUCAAUGUCGUGUAUGCGCUCGGUGAACUGGCGAUCCUGUUCCCUGUCUCUGGCGGAUUCUAUACAUACUCGGCUCGGUUCAUCUCGCCGGCAUGGGGUUUCGCCAUGGGCUGGAAUUAUGUCUUUCAGUGGCUGGUCGUUCUCCCGCUUGAGCUGACGGUGACGUCGUUGACUAUAACAUACUGGGGCGUCAACAUCAGUGUCGCCGUAUGGAUAACAGUCUUCCUGAUCGCCAUCGUCAUCAUAAACAUCUUCGGAGUGCUUGGAUACGGCGAAGAGGAAUUCUGGGCCAGCGCAAUCAAACUCACGGCCAUCGUGAUCUUCAUGAUCGUUGCCAUCGUGCUCACCUGCGGCGGCGGUCCCAGUGACGGCCUGUACGGUAGCUACUGGGGAGCCAGGCUGUGGUAUGAUCCAGGGGCUUUCCGCAACGGCUUCAAAGGAUUCUGCUCUGUUUUCGUCACUGCUGCAUUCGCCUUCUUUGGCACUGAGCUGGUUGGGCUCGCGGCAGCGGAAAGCAAGACGCCUCUCAAGUCCCUCCCAUCCGCCAUCAAACAGGUCUUUUGGCGAAUCAUCCUGUUCUAUAUCCUUGGCCUCUUCUUUAUUGGCCUUCUGGUACGGAGCGACGAUAAACGACUACUUGGCGCCAACACGUAUUCCGAUUCAAACGCAUCUCCGUUUGUUAUUGCAGCAAAGGACGCCGGUCUCAAGGGCUUCGACAGCUUCAUCAACGUCAUCAUCCUCAUCUCCGUCCUGUCUAUCGGAAACUCUGCUGUCUAUGCCGGAUCUCGAACUCUGACAGCCAUCUCCGAGAAUGGGUAUGCUCCUCGCAUCUUCUCAUACGUCGACAAGGCGGGCAGGCCGCUUCCAUCGACCAUUCUCGUCAUAGUCUUUGGUGCCCUGGCGUAUGUAAAUGUCUCCGGAAAGGGGCCUGUCAUCUUUGAUUGGCUCCAGGCGCUCUCUGGCUUGACGGCUCUGUUUACCUGGGGCAGCAUAUGUUAUGCGCACAUCCGCUUCCGCGCUGCCUGGGCACGCCAGGGGCGUUCGCUCGACGAGAUCCCAUUCAAGGCGUUCUUUGGCGUGUAUGGAUCAUGGGUCGGCCUGUUCAUCAUCUUCAUAGUUUUCAUCGCCCAGUUCUAUAUCGCUGUUUCUCCACUUAAAGGCGCCGCCUCGGCGGAGGGCUUCUUCAAGUCCUACCUCGCCCUCCCCGUCGUCCUCUUCUUCUGGCUCUGCGGCUGGCUGUGGAAGCGUGAGGGAUGGACCAGGAUCGAAGACAUCGACGUCGACACCGGCCGCAGAGAGAUCGACUGGGAAGAACACAACCGCCAGAUCGAAGUGAUCCGGAACUCGUCCUUCUGGAAGCGCAUGUUCCAUCGUUUCUUCUAG